UUAUUAUUAUUUAUUUUAUUUUAUUUUAUUUUAUUUUAUUUUAUUUUAUUUUAUUUUAUUUUAUUUUAUUUCUGCACAAUCUCCUGUUCCACUCUCCAGUGGUCCAGAUGGUGGCGGUAUUGCACCUCUAAGAUGGUUUGCCAACCGCCAAUAAACACCAAAGAAGAAGAAGAAGAGUAAGAGCAGGUUUGUUUAUUUUUCAGCCACUACAGCUGUAACAAUAACUAGUUAUAUUACAGCAGACGCAGACAGACAUGUACCGCUGCAUUGUAAGGAGUGUGUGUGGCGUAGGAAAAGUGUGUCCUGCCUUUGUGCCUCCUUACACCCAGUCACCAUCGUGGAUGCUGAGAAACAGGACAGAGGAGAGACAUCACAGGCUGGCUGAGCAGUGUUGGCAAUGUUCAGUCCGCAGCAUGAGCUCUGCAGCCAGGAAGAAGAAAGCUCUGCGCAGUGCCUUCCCGGUGCUGGAGCAGCCCCUCCAGCCCGAACACCAACGUGUGUAUGAAGCUAACCUCCGAAACAGCGACGCCUGCCACAACAAGUACAUAGAGUUUAGUGAAAAGGUAAGGAAAGGUGGAGGGGAAAACGCCAUCGCCAGACACACUCAGAGAAACAGGAAGUUGCUGGUCAGGGAUCGGCUGCGCUUAUUGCUGGAUGAUGAGGACUUCCUGGAGCUGUCACCAUUCGCUGGUCUGGGUCUGCCGUACGGGGAUGUCCCUUCAGCCGGCUGCAUGACUGGUAUUGGCAGGAUCAAUGGCCUGUGGUGUGUGUUCAUUGCCCAAGAUGCCACAGUGAAAGGCGGCACAUCGUAUCCAAUCACGGUGAAGAAGACGCUACGAGCACAGGAAGUAGCAAUUCAGAAUCGCCUGCCUUGUGUUUACCUGGUCGACUCUGGAGGAGCUUUCUUACCACUGCAGUCAGAGAUCUUUCCUGAUAAGAACCAGGGAGGAAGGUUGUUCUAUAACGAAGCCAUCAUGUCUGCCAUGAAGAUCCCACAGGUGUCGGUGGUGUGCGGGUCAUGCACGGCGGGUGGAGCUUACCUCCCCACCAUGGCAGAAGAGUCAGUGAUGGUGCACCGGAUAGGGACUUUAUUCCUGGCCGGACCCCCACUUGUCAAGGCCGCCACGGGAGAGGAAGUCACACCAGAAGACCUGGGAGGAGCCACGGUUCACGCUGAAGUCAGUGGCUGUGUGGACCAUUUUGCCAGGGACGAAAAGGAGGCGUACUAUUUCACCAGAAACAUCGUAUCCACCCUCAACUUCCAACUGCCCGAGGGAGAGGAGGAGGAUGAGGAGAUGAUGAGGAAGAAGAAAGCUGAGGAGGAGCCGCUGUAUAGUUCAGAGGAGCUUCUGGGGCUCGCUCCUAAAAGUUAUAACUACAGUCUGGAUGUUAAGAUGGUAGUCAGUCGGCUGACAGACGCGAGCCGCUUCCAGGAGUUCAAAGCUCGCUAUGGAACCACACUCAUCACCGGCUUUGCAAAGAUACAUGGCCAUCUGGUGGGAAUAGUAGCCAACAACGGAGAGCUGUUGUACCAGGCUGCACUGAAAGGAAGCCAUUUUGUCCAGCUGUGCGACCAGAGAGACAUCCCCCUCAUCUUCCUCCAGAACACAACACCCGCAGCAGCUCAAACACUCUCCACAACUCAGGCAGAGAUGGACAGUAACCGUCUGAAGGCUCAGGGUUCAAUGAUGUCAGCAGUAGCGUGUGCCACUGUCCCAAAAAUCACCGUGGUGAUUGGGGGUUGCCAUGGUGCUGACAGCUACGCCAUGUGUGGGCGGGCUUUUGACCCUAGCUUCCUGUUCCUGUGGCCCAACGCCAGAGUGUCGAUGACGGCUCCGGGUCACGCUGGCUCUCUGCUUCCCUCUGACAGUGAGCAGGACGAGGACUUGAAGAAGAAGCAGGAGGACAAGUUAAAUAAGAGAUUGGAGGAGGAGAGCUCAGCUUUCUUCUCCUCCGGCAGGCUCUGGGACGACGGAGUCAUUCUGCCUCAGGACACCAGGAAGGUUCUCAGAGACUGCCUGGACAUCAUCAAACAGCAGCAGUAUCAGCUCUCCACAGAGAAACUACAACCACCACUUCUGCGUAUUUAAAGGCUGCCAUCUUUCUUCUCCUCACUUCCUCUGAACACUACAAACAUCCGUCCAUAGAGUGCUACAGGAAUGAGUCCUAAAACCCAGAAAUGAGUUAGCAUUUUAGCACUUCCGGUUCCCUUGUCUGGAAGUGAAUGGGUUUUUAGUUAAAAGCCUGAAAUAAAGUUAAAGAGAU